UAUAGUAGAGACUCCUGUAGUAAUAAUACUAGACCUAGAGUCAGCUGUAAGAUCAUCCAUGAUCAUGUUUCUAGUUCUACUCCUGGUCCUGAAAACCAGUUCAACAGGAUCCAGAGUAUCCAGGAGUAAACAAAGUAAUGUGAAUAUUCAGAUACAAGUGCAACAGAGGUUAGAGGAGGGUGUUCCAGCAAAUUUAACCUGUAUCUUACACACUGUAGAUCAGACUAUAGAAAGUGUUCUGGAACCAUCCUUUAGAAUAGUUGAUGGUGAUGAACUAGCUGUUACUGGGUUAGAAAAUUCUCCAAUAGAUGGUGGAAUAUCAUUUUCGGGACAGUUUACCCCCACUGCCGAGAUGAACUUGAAACUGCUGAUUUGUGAACUAGGAUUGGAGACUUCAACGCCGACCAUGCUCCGGGUCAUGAGUACAUCUGGCUUACCAAAAGGACGGUCUAUUGGAAAUACUAGAUCUAUGUUUAGUAUAGUAGACAGAUACCCACAUGGACAGCCAGCUCAGAUUCCUGAAAUUAUCUUAAAAACAGAAAUCAGGUUUAAUUUCAACUGCUCCUCUCAAGAUGUUUGGCUGGAUUGCAAAUGGAAAUUUCCAAUAUCUGAGGAACCAUGUGCUAUGUAUAAAAGUUCAAGUACGCAGAGCUGUAGUUUUGGUGACUUUAAGAUUAAUUAUCACAAAUCAGGAGCUCUUCAUGUAUGUUCUAUAUUUGGAACAUUAGAUCCUACCAUUGAUUUACAGGGAGAUUGGAAUUGUGAUCUAACGAGCCUACCCAUUGAAGAGGAUAAAUAUGAUGAUGAUCAACAAUUUUUUAAAUUGAAAUAUCUCAAACCUGCCUUGGUGUCAUUCACUCAGGAAGGAAGACGUGGAGGAGAAAAGGAGUUGUUUGAAGGAGAAAAUUUAGAGAUGACCUGCUCCGCUACUCAAGGUUUCCCGGAACCUGAAAUAGUCUGGCUUCUUAACUCACAACCAGUCAACUUCGAUUCAAGGUUUAAAGUUCUAGAGACCGUUGGACCCCGACUAGAUAGCGCCUACAAUUACUUUCUAAAACAGAGAAUUCAAUACACUGCUUCCACUCAAGAGAAUGGGAAAACAAUCAGCUGUAAAGUUGUUCAGACCGAUGAUGAAGAAAACAUCAGUGAGGUAUAUGAUAAGGAUGAACCUCAAAUUCAUCUUUUUAUUAAAGAUAUACCUCUUCCUCCUCCUGCAGUUGUAACAGCUGAGAUGAUUGCUGGAAUAGUUUUGGUCAUCAUAGCUUUACUUCUGGCCCUGGCUGUAGUAGGUUUUGCUUUCUACACUAAAAGAUGGUGUUUCACUACUCCAAUAGUAACAAUGCCUGUGGAGGCACAUAAGAGCCGAGAGACUGGGGAAAUGAUAAUUCAAACUGAGGAAAUGAAUGAAAUUAAACUAACAAGGGAAUAUAAUAUAUUAUAGUUGUUUAAAACCUCUUCACGACCAAACUCUACACACUGUAAAUUAGAAUUUGAAUUUACUUCACAGGUGGGAAAAGUAAAAGAAAAUACACUAAUAUGAGAUAUAUCUUCAAAGAAAAACUUUUUGCUUCCUUUAUUACGAAAUAUCGAUUAAUUUCUGAACACAAA